AUGAAAAACGCCGAAUUGGAAGAGACCUGCGUACCGGAAGUAAUAGACUUUGAAAAUAUGUCUGUUGAGAAUAAGUUAAAAAAACUUGUCAACGAACUUCAUAAAAUUGAAACGUAUAUAACAACACCUGAAARAACGUUAAACGUUUUACAUAAAUGUUUGACGGAUAUCCAACAACUAAGGCUCAAAAUAUGUAAAACGUAUCACGCCGAACAGGUCGAACUCGGUAACGCGAUCUCAUGGCUAGAGAAAUCUAUGGUCACUCGUGGUCAGUACAAACCAGUGGCUCGGGAGGAAGACAAAAUUGACAGUCGCGAUAUUAACGACAUGAAGAGAGUAAUCAAACGAUUAAUGAAGAARAAAGCUUCCGACUACGUAUCGAUAGACGCUGCGGAAAAUUCGACGGACAUCAUUGCAGAUAGCGUUGCAGAAAACGACGACACCGAUGUGAGCGAUAACGUUACAUCUCAGAAUCCUGCAGCGGAAGCAAUCAAAACAGAAACGAUCAAAAUUCCGGAUGUCAAUUUAGAGAAAAUAUUAGAGAUUAGGCAUAUGGUUGAUCGGUUUUUGCCGAUCGUGAAAACAUGGUCCCAAAARCUGUUUGACGAUAUGUUGGAGACGAUGAAAAUGGUGUACGUGACGUUUAUGGUCGUUCGUYGUUCGAUAUUCAGCCAAGACAGUUGGAAAAACACGAUAAACCCAGCUUUAUCCAAACUGUCAAAGAAAUUGAUUUUCAUCCAGACSAGAGUCGACGACAACGACGGCUUAACGUCCAUUGAUUUGUCGUUAUUUCCUACUGUUCUGUGUCCGUCCUGUCCACAAGAGCCCGGCGGCUCGAUGGGAUAUUUUUCCAGGUUCACUGCGGCUGUAAAACAGAUGGCAGUGCGACGGUAA